AGAGGAGGAUCACAAUCAAAUAAUAUCAAGUGCAGCCCGCUGUCAGCGAUAACAACUACGGGGCUAGCUAACGGGACUCUCCUGUCGUCAUGCACCGUCUGUUGUUUGUGGUUCUGGCCGGAGCAUCAGUUCUCGGCCUCCCCAGGCUGAAUAUCACUAAGGCGGCCGGGCCCUGCCUCGCCCCGCUGCAGUGGGAGGGCAGGUGGGUGCUGUACGACCACAGCACCGGGAGGAACAACCGUGCAGCCGUUUCCUACGACGGCCUGAACCAGAGGAUCCGAAUCCUGCAACAGCACAAGAAACACACCCCGUGUCAGAAGUUUUUUGAGUACAUCUACCUGUACCAGAGCAUGGUGAUGUUCCAGAUUGACCAGAAGACCAAAGACUGCUCAAAGAUCGCGCUGACGGAGGCCUGGGAUCCCUUUGACAUCCCCGACAACUCCACCUUCGAGGACCAGUACUUCAUCGGAGGCCCUGGGGACAAUGUGGAGGUUCAGGAGUGGUCAGACAGGAAGCCGGCCCGUCAGCAUGAGACAUGGGUGGGUGUUUACACCCUGAAGGACUGCUAUCCAGUGCAGGAGACAUACACCAGGAACAGCAGCGUCACCACCUCCACCCGCUUCUUCAACCUCCAGCUGGGCAUCAGUGAUCCCGAUGUCUUCACCCCACCCAGCACCUGUCAAUCAGCCCGGCCUGAGAGGAUGGCCGAGUCCGACUGCUGAGGCCCUGCCAGGCCUCAACUUUGACCUUAGAUACUUAACAGCCUUUUCAGGCUGAGUCUGAAAUCACCCCUUCAAUCCCUAAUUCACUACUCCCUGUAGAUACACAAUAGUUUACACUGUAGUGAGCAGUUAAUUAAGAUUUCACACACCUACAAACCAUUGUCAUUGUGUGUCAUCACUUACAGGCAUAAUGUCACCCGACUGUUAACGUUUGCAACUGUAAAAUCUGGCACGUCGGAUUGUUUGCAUGGAGUAAUGUACAUUCCAUGGACUCUGAUUUUUCCACUAAGAAUUCGGACAAUAAAUUAAAAUUGUACUGGGUAAAUUUAUUGCAUUACAUAGUAAAGAAGGAAGUGAUUUCGGACACAGCCUUUAUAGAAUUGUUUGUUUAUUUGCUGCUAAUUUGCGAAAACUGUUGUCAGGUCUAGUGAUUCCUGCUAACUGCAACCUAACAAGCUAGCUCACAGAAAGUUGUACCAACUGGUUAUGAUUACUAAAUGAUUACUUUCAUGAUAAAAAAGUAACUUUUAGUGACGUUAUUUCACUAAUGAUAACCUUCAAGCUACCAAGCUAGCUUACAGCCAACUCUUGGGUUUCAGUGAACCAUUGUGACUACAUGCUGACGAGCAUUGGUUAAUUUCUUAGCUCAGGACAUGGAGGUUGAUUAAUCCAAAUCUUUCGUCAAAGACGUGAAGUGCCUCAUAAACAUGAAAAGAUAUGAAGUUAAAAUCACAGCCAUUAUGCUUUGUAGUGUAUUUUAGAUCCAGCCAUAUUUUCCCAGACGUGCAGUGGUCUGUUUGAGGUGUAAUAGACGGGUUUGCACACAGCAGGGGGGUAGAAACUUAUUUCCAACAUGUCAUGAGUGCUCAAACCAAAAAGAUACGAUUAGGAUUUCACCUUUCAAGUGAAAGAAAGUGAAGAAAAAUUAUUGCUUGUCUUUUUAUUUUUUUCAAAAAUACUACAAACAGUGAUAUUAUAAAACCAGUAAUUACCCAUGUUUGAGAUUUUUUUAGAAAGGUCUUAUUAGGCUUAUUCAUCACUGAUUUUGCUGAUAUGAUGAGAAUGUAUCUGCUAAAGUCUGAUGUCUGUUGGUUCAUUUCAAACAAAACCUAAAAAUAUUAUUAAUCUCAUGUAUGACACUAGAUUUUUCGGGGUCACAAAGUCCAUCUCAAACUUAAUUGCAAGGUCAAAUGAUUUCCUGGAGACAUGUACUGUGGGAUUCAGUUGCAGCAAGUAAUUUGUUUGAUUUGUUGUCGAGGACUUUAUCAAAUAAGUGAAAACAAUAUUUGAUAAUUUCAUCACUUGUGCAGCAGGAAUUAAUUACUGUUUUUCUUUUACUGUAUUUGAAUUAUUGUGAUCUAUAAAACAUUUAAACAAACUAAA